UCUGUGAUCAGAGAUGGCGGGCGCCUCCGACCCCCUGGAAGAUAUGCUCUUUUCGGAGGUGGAUGAAAAAGCUGUGAGCGACCUAGUGGGCUCGUUGGAGUCACAGCUUGCUGACCAAAGCAGCCCAGCAGGUAAAACAGACGAAAACGGAGGCGCUGGCUCAGUGGCCCCCGCUAACCAUCACUUAGGAAAAACGCUGCCAGCUCCAGUGGGCACCACAACACUAGAACAACAACAACAAGGACGGCGUUAUAAACCCGAAAUGCGCCAGGAGAUCAAGUCUAAAGACGUUAGCCUGGAUAAAACUGUCACAUCUCCUUCUCUGGGCUGUACCCCUUCUUUUGGCGAGCCUCCCACCACUUCGGCUGCUUGUGUGAACGCCACCAGCAGCGGUUCGCAAUCACAUGGAGCAUCCAUCACAACACUGACCGCAUCUGGUGUGUCAACUUUGGCACCGACGCCAGCCAGCAUCAGCACCACAUCCAACCGGGGGUCUAAGGUUAGCCCCGGCACAGGUGAGACGUCGACAGAAGGUAACCCACCGAGAAAACGCAUAACCACGCCACGGAGGAGCGCUUCGGCUCGGAUAAAGAGUUUGAACGGCGCAGCUGUAACGACUAGAAGGAACAGCAACACAGCGGUGGCUGACAACGUUAACGUUAGCUCUGUGGAUACCAGUGCAACUAACGUCACACCAAACUCCACUUCACCGGGGACAUCCUCUAUUAACACUUCGACUUUCACCCUGUCAAACGCUAACCUCCCCGUAGGGCAGUCGGCUAUUGCUUUGGACCGGGGGACUCCAACCAUUGCUUUGCAUAGACUUCCGAGUCAUAUUGUAGCGAGUAUAGCCCAAAACGGCAACGGGACCAAUGUUUCGGCCUUGGUCCAGCAGGUCGCUCGCAUCGGACCCAUCACCUCCUCAACUUCACAGGGGGGCCACAGCAAAACGGUCACAGAAACUGGGGCUUCCAAAACAGACGAUUGUCAGUCCAAAAUUGUAAUGUCAAGCCAGUCUGGUAAUGUCAACUCUGUAAUAAGCACUGUUCCCUCUGCGCCUUCUGUUGUCACACCAACAACAACUACAGCAGCAGCAGCUACAACAACCACAACAGUAACCCAGCCUUUGAGCUCUGCUACAGCUGCUGCCUGUGUUACAGGGGUGACAGCAAGUUCUGUAUGUGGAACUGGUCAAACUACAUCAGUGACUACCACUAUUAGCAUGGUCAGGCCCACAGCCCCCUCCCCAACACCUGCUGUGGCCACCUCCGCACAGUCUCAGCCCCGUCCUGGACUUACCGCACCUCAAAGGAUCGUAGCCCCCCAGCUGAUUGUCAGACCACCUCAGCAGCAGACGACCAUUCAGCUGCCCUCUGGGUUUACCAUCCCACCGGGGAUGGUGUUGGUACGCACGGAGUUGGGCCAGCUAGUGAUGGUUCCUCAGCAAGCUUUGGCUCAAGCUCAGGCUCAGGCUCAGGCUCAGGCCCAGAACAACAUCUCUCCACGACCGGCCACCCCCACAACAGGACCAUCCUUCAGAGUAACAACUCCUCAGAAGGGCCCCGUGGCACCGGCCGUGGCUGUGACGGCUCCGCAGCAGACCCCCGUGGUUAUGGCCCCCCAGGCCCCGGCCCCGGCCCAGGCUGCCUCCCAGCCAGUGCAGCCUCCGCAGACGGGCAUCACCGCGAACCCCGGAGGUCCUGUCGUGUCCCAGGAAAUGCAAGAGAAUGUCAAGAAGUGUAAGAAUUUCCUGGCCACACUUAUCAAGCUGGCAUCUCACAACUCUCCUUCACCUGAGACUUCCAAGAACGUCAAAUCUCUGGUUCAGGACCUGCUGGAUGCGAAGAUUGAACCGGAGGAGUUCACCAGCCGGCUGCAGACUGAGCUCAAAUCGUCUCCACAGCCUUACCUGGUGCCUUUUCUCAAGAAGAGCCUCCCGGCCCUGAGGCUAUCUUUGCUGAAUAGUCAGCAGUCCCCGACACCGCUCCCGCAGCAGGGAGUCAAACCAGCACCCGGCGGCCCCCCUCCUGCCAUUGUGGCUGGGCCAGCUGUCCGCAUACGCCACCCUAACAGUGUCAGCAUCACUACGGGUGCCAGCGCUCUGCCCGCUGGGACGCUCGGACAUGCAGCUGGCAUGGGUAUCAAGGCAGCAGGCGCUGUCAGUGGCCAGGUUCGGAUGCCCGUGGUGAUCACACAGUCUGUCAGAGCGCAAGGCACGAUGGGGAAGGGAGGCAUCGUCCAAGCAGGCAAAAGUCCCGUGGGCCUUUCUGUUCACUACUCUGGGAAUCAGAAAAACAAGCUCAACGACCCCGGAGGAGGUUCUUUCAGGGAUGAUGAUGACAUCAAUGACGUAGCUUCCAUGGCCGGGGUGAACCUGAAUGAGGAGAGCGCAAGAAUACUCGCCACCAAUUCCGAACUAGUGGGAACACACAUCCGCUCAUGUAAAGACGAGGCCUUUCUCCACCCGGGACUUCUCCAUCGACGAAUUCUGGAAACAGCUAAGAAGUUUGGCGUCACAGAGGUCCCUAUGGAGGCGGUUACAUUCAUCUCACAUGCCACACAGUCACGACUUCGAACUGUUGUAGAAAAGGUUUCUACCAUCGCACAGCACCGACUGGACUCUUGUAAGGAUGACGAGUGCUACGAGCAGUCGGCAGACGUUCGCUCUCAGCUUCGAUUUUUCGAGCAGCUGGAGAGAAUGGAGAAGCAGAGGAAGGACGAGCAGGAGAGAGAGAUCCUGUUAAAAGCCGCUAAAAGUCGCUCCAGGCAAGAGGACCCAGAGCAAGCUCGACUGAAACAGAAAGCUAAGGAGAUGCAACAACAGGAACUGGCACAGAUGAGGCAGCGAGAUGCCAACCUUACAGCACUAGCCGCCAUCGGACCCCGCAAAAAACGUAAAAUGGAUUCACCAGGGAACACCCCAUCAGGGACCGAGGUUUCAGGCAGCACGGCGGGCUCCCUGGCCAGCUCCACCUCCACCCCGUCCACCUCAUCACGCCAGUACACACGGCAACGCAUCACUCGCGUCAACCUCAGGGACUUAAUUUUCUACAUGGAGCAGGAGAGAGAGACAGCCCACUCGCUCCUCCUUUACCGCGCCCUGCUCAAGUAGCCUCCGAUCAGCAGGCACCUCAACCUCCUCCUCCUUUUCCAGCCACGUGCCUUCAGAUCAGGUCUAAUGUUUCAGCUCUGUGUCUACAUAUGUACUGUAAUGACGUUUGAUGUAGCUUUUAAUAAGAAGAGAGAGAGAGAGAGAGAGACAGAGAGAGAGAGAUAGAGAGAAAAACGUACAAAAAAUAAAAUGUUGUUACAUGUCUUCUCAGUAGGUGUGUAGUUAGAUCAUUGAGUUUAAAGGCCAUAUAAUAAUCUUUGUGUUGAAGUUGAAUUUGUUAAUGGAACAAAGUGGUUGUUGCGAUGCAGGACUUAACCCCAGAAAACGUUCCAUGUAUGUCGGGUAGCUGUUCAUUGGACGUUGUUGGCAGCAGCUUCAAUGAACCACCUCUAAAGCAAGGAUUAUUUUGGCGAAGAGAAUUAUGCUCACACCACCAUACAGCCUACGAUAUUCUCCACGAGCUAUUUGUUGAACAUCGUUCAAUGAAUGUAGUUCAGCUGAACUCAAUAAAUGAGAGACUUUACUGAUUUCUAAACCAAGACAUCGUUUUGCAACAUUAGGAUUCCAAAUAACAGCAUCACCUUCAAUUUCCAUACUGUAUGUGUAAAAAGUUCUUAUUGAAUUAUUUAACAGCAUGUCUAUUUUUUAUCACAGGUAAGCUUUGUAAGAAAAGGAAUAAACCCAUGUGUCAAUAUUAUGAAACCUGAAGUUUUGUACAACCACGUGCUUUGAAUGAGUCAGAAUUGAGCAGUUUAUUCUGAGUCCACAUGACGUUUUCUGCAAAGGUAAUUAAACAAAGUUAUGGUCGCACUACGACACAAGUUUCUGAUUGGUCACCCUUUUCAGUAUUUUUAUUUUUUUUUAACUCACCCACACAUAAUGUGAACAUUGUUUUUAUGACCAGAUGUUUGUACGUUGUGUACUAUCAUGCUCACAGUUCUUCAGAAACUGAACUGCUUAAGGUUAGUUUUGGUUAUAUUGUAGGUGGGGCGAUGACUGGGGACUGUGAAACCUCGGAUCAAAACAGACAUUCCUUCAUCUUUUCCUCUCACUGUCCUACCUGCACAUUAAUAAUGUUUGAAAAAAAUAAAUCAAUUUUGCUGGUGUGCCCUGCCUGGAGCCCCCUUUAGCGCCCCCCCACAUACUUUGGCCAUGACUGAAUGACAAAAGCACUUAAACCUGUUUGUAUUUUGAGCCCAAAUUAAAUUCACAACUGUAAAGUAUUGUUUAACUGUAGAAGGAAGCAGUUGAUUCCCCCCCAUCCCAUUUUGUUUCUGUCUUUGUAUUACUAAAUUGAAAGAGAUUGGGAAUGGGACAAAAAAAACGCCUGAUUUUUACAUGUUGUAUUGCAUUGUCGCUUUUUUAUUUUUUUUUAUUUUUUUUAUUUUUAAAAAACAAAUCCUCAUUGUAUUAUGUAAUAUUGUCCAUUAUGUAUUUUUGUUUGUUUUUUCUAUUUAACUAAAUAUCUUGGCCUCUAUGCAGAUUUUCUUGUCAUAUUGAAAUUUAUUUAAAUAUUGGUGGCAUUUGGAACAACUGUUGUGCAUUGUACAUUUUGACAGCACUUUUUUUUACAUCUAUUUUACCUGACAACUGAAAGCUGUCACUGUAUUAUAGCAAAUAAAUGACUCUUUUAAGUAGUAAACCGUAUUGCCAACAAAAGAGUUAUUUUUAACAAUUAAUAUAUUUUCUUUCUUUUUUUUUGGAUUGGCUUUUAUGCUUAACACAUUUUCAUAUAUUUUUUCUCCAAAAUACCAUGUUUUCAAACAAGCACAACAAUAUCUAUAAUAAUGAUUGAUUUCAAAUCUUUUUUUUUUUUUUUUUGUGAUUUUUAUGGUUUCUGGUGAUUUCACAGGAGGACAUUUCUACUACUACUACUACUACUACUACUACUACUACUACAGCUUUUUAGCCAAAAUAUUAGGACAAUAUUACUGCUGUAAACAGACGGGGGAAAUAACAUUUCAGUGUACGGAUGAUUUGUAAAUAUUGUUUACAAAACUAUGUGUUUAUUAGAACCACGUUAUUUUUGGUAAACUCUUGUACAUAUCUUGAAAAUUUCCUGUUUGUGUGAAAAAAAACAAUACUUAU